AAACCACACCCCUAAAAAAACAAGAAACAACAACUACAUGGACGGAGAAAGUGAUAGUGGCGAUGAAUACUUCUCACCGGAGAUGGCGAUGAUCUCGUCGUCGUGGCGAUUAGAUCUCGACAAGUUACGUCUUCCAGAGAGAGGCUCCGAUCAACUUCCGCAUUGUCACUGGCCUCAUUUUUCCUUCUUGUCAGGGAAGGAACACAAGGUUUCAGAAUAUUACAAGAAACAAAAAAGGCUCCUGGAAGGGUUCAAUGAGAUGGAGACCAUGACAGAUUCAGGUUGUUUACAUGGCAAUCUAACAGAGGAUGAAAUGGAACAGCUUGAGAGGAGUGAGAGGAUGGCAAUUCAUAUUUCAAAUGCUGCAAAUAUAGUGCUUUUUGUGGCGAAGGUUUAUGCUUCUAUGGCCAGCAGAUCAAUGGCAGUGAUUGCUUCGACUUUGGAUUCCCUUUUGGAUCUCUUGUCAGGAUUUAUCUUGUGGUUCACUUCCUAUGCCAUGAAAACCCCAAACCAUUAUCACUAUCCUAUCGGAAAGAAACGGAUGCAGCCAGUAGGUAUCAUUGUUUUUGCAUCUAUAAUGGCUACCCUUGGACUGCAGAUAUUGAUCGAGUCUGGUCGACAGCUCAUUUUCAAGUCCAAGCCUGAAACGGAUCCAGAGAAGGAAAAAUGGAUGAUUGGAAUUAUGGUUUCCGUCACCAUAGUGAAGUUUCUGUUAAUGGUAUAUUGCCGAAGAUUCAAAAAUGAAAUCGUCCGAGCCUAUGCUCAAGAUCAUUUCUUUGACGUCAUUACUAAUUCAGUUGGAUUGGUGGCAGCAGUUCUAGCCAUACAAUAUUACUGGUGGUUUGAUCCUGCUGGUGCUAUAAUUAUAGCAUUAUAUACAAUCGGUACCUGGGCAAGAACAGUAAUGGAGAACGUGUGGUCGCUAAUUGGAAGAACAGCCCCGCCAGACUUUCUAGCGAAGCUUACUUAUCUUAUCUGGAAUCACCAUGAAGAGAUUAAGCACAUUGACACAGUGAGAGCCUACACUUUUGGUUCCCAUUACUUUGUGGAAGUUGACAUAGUAUUGGCAGAAGACAUGCUUCUGAACCAAGCACACAACAUUGGGGAGACACUCCAAGAGAAGCUUGAGCAAUUACCGGAGGUCGAGCGAGCUUUCGUGCAUAUUGAUUUUGAGUUCACUCACAGGCCUGAACACAAAAGCAACGUAUGAUUUGAAGACAAUGUUGGUGAUGGUUGUUGUGUUCGGCGAUCCUUGGGCCUAUGCUUUGUAUUUUGUGGGGCAUCCAUACAAUGAACGUAAGGUAGAUAAAUAAGCUCUUGCUGAACUAUUUUUUUUUACCCAACUCUUACUGUAUUUAAACAUUCCAAGUCGCCUUAAUAAAGUCACAAAAUUCUAAUUGAACAAGAUUAAA